GCGCCCCUGCAUCGGUUGCAGGGCCCGGCCUCCCCCGGAGCCCUAGAGUGCAUCUCCCCUGUGAGGGUCUGGCAGAGGCCUCGCGACACGCCCCCUGGGGCGUAGCCCUUCCCUGGCUGGGCCCGCACUCCCUCAGCGCUGUUCCGGCGACACGCGUGGGUCCGGUCGCCUCACUGUUGCAGUCUCCUCCGAGCGCCCCGGCUGCAGGUGCUGGCCCGCCUGGCUCCCCUCUCGGUGGCGCUCACCGCCGUCCCCGCCCCGCCGGGCUUCCGCCACCCGGGGAGCCGCAGUGGGCCGGGCGGGGGCCUCCCGCCGAUCCCGAUCCCGCCCCUGGAGCUGCGACGACUCAAGACCUCGGCGGGUCUCGCGGCUGGCGGACUCGGCUCGGUAGCACGCGUCAUGGCCCCGGCCCUGCGCGGCCUCCCGCGGCGCAGCCUCUGGCUGCUCCUGGUGCAUCACCUCUUCGUGGCCGCCGCCUGCCGGGACGUCGACCACCAUGCCAUCUUGCAGGAGGUCUGCCUCCCCCCGUUCAAGGUGGACAUGGAGGCCAUCGGUAGGACGCUGUGGUGUGACUGGGGCAAGACCAUCGCGAUCUACGGAGAGCUCAGAGACUGCACCCAGUACGUGAUGGAAAGGCUGAACUGCUACUGGCCAAACGCCGCAGUGAACAAGUUCUUCAUCACCGUCCACCAGCGCUACUUCAGAAGCUGCCCUGUCUCUGGCCGGGCCAUGCAGGACCCGCCCAUCAGCAUCCUCUGCCCCUUCAUUGUGGUGCCCAUCCUGAUGACCCUGCUCAUGACUGGGCUGGUGGUCUGGAGAAGCAAGCGCACCGAGGGCAUUGUGUAGGCCGCGGCCUGGGAACUGCCCCCAUGCUGAGGCUGCGGGCAGGCAGGGAGGCCGGGAAGCUCUGGGCCUGGCCUGGGAAUGGCUUCCUGGCCCUGACGGCAGAGCAGGCCCCAAGUCCCCUCGUCCUACCUGAGAUCGGCUAACAGGAUUUCGGAGCGGCGGUGGUGCAGGCAUUAACCUGGAAGCCCCCAGCUGGAGGUGAAGGCCACGCUAGGAAGGGGGCUGGUGCUAGGAGGGAGCAGAACAAAACGGUCACUAUUUCUGGGGAGUCUCCGAUGUGUUUGCUCUCACCUCUAGCCAGACUGUGGAUGAGAAGUUUGUGAUUAAAAGGAUGUCCUUGAA